AUGUCAGAAGCGCUGCUCGAUGAAAUAGAAGCCAUCAACUCCAUUUACGGCGACAACACCCUCGUUCGCUCCCCGCAGGACUCAGGCCCCACCAUCUAUAUCCUCACCCUCCCCGGCGAGACGGCCUCUCUCCGGCUACAGUUCCCGCCUGAAUACCCAGACGUCCCUCUCACUGUCCUUGGAACUCACAGCUCCGGCUCGUCUGGGAAGCGCGGCACUGCCGCCCGGGACUUGGCUCUGUUCCGAGAUGCGGUUAGCGAGGUUUACGAAGCAGGCCAAGUGUGCCUGUUCGACGCCAUUGAAAAGGUACAGGAACUCCUGGCUGCCGUGAAAGAGGAGGAGGAACGAGAGCAGAAAGAACGCGAGGAGCAAGCUGCUUCGCAGUCGGAUGACGAGGGCAAUGAAGGCGUGACCCCGAACCGUGAUGGCCGGCACACUGAUGAGCUCCCCAUUUUAUCUAGCCCUCCACCGUGGACUCUGUCAGAACCUAUCACCGAGUCUAAAUCAACAUUUAUUGCGCGCUGUGCGCCGGUCACCUCGCCGCAGCAAGCUGUUUCAUAUAUGCAGCACCUGCUAGCGACGGACAAGAAAGUGCGAGCCGCAACGCACAACAUGACGGCCUGGCGUAUCCGUGGAUUGAACGGGACCAGUUUCCAAGAUUGUGAUGAUGAUGGCGAGACGGCAGCUGGAGGCCGUUUACUUCAUCUCAUGCAACGUAUGGACCUUUGGGACGUCAUGGUGGUGGUGUCACGAUGGUACGGCGGCGUCAAGCUGGGACCUAGGCGGUUCACGCUCAUCAACCAAGUCGCCAGGGACGCAUUCGUUCAAGCAGGGCUGGUGAGUAAUAGCGGGGAGAAGAAGAAGAAGGGAGGAAAAUAA